UUUUCAAUACAUGGUGGUCACUACCUUAAACUAACGACCGGUCCAUAUAUUGUGUCAUCACAAAAGACACUUACGUACAACACAAGAAAAGCAAACUGGAAUUUAAACGCUCAGCCGUUUGCAUUUCAUAAAUCCAAACGGCACGCAUGAUGUUGAAGUAACGACGUGGGCACAGUUUCGAAUUAAUCAUAUAGAUUCUUUCUUUGUUGCUGUUAGGGUUAACAUGGAUCAAAAGCGGCCAACCAUCGCUGGCGAUGAAGAAAUGGCGGCUGAGAAACCGUUAAAACCAGCACUCCAAAAACCACCGGGGUUUCGUGAUCAACAGAAUCAACCAUCAGCUCCGCCUUCCGGAACAGGUCGCCGUCCAAGGCCUAUCCAUCCGGCGUCACUCUACCCGGAGAAGAAACGGCGGUGUAGUUUCUGCCGCGUUUUCUGUUGCUGCGUGUGUAUCUUCUUGGCCGUGAUUCUCCUCAUCUUUCUCAUCGCUGUGGCGGUUUUCUUCCUUUGGUACAGCCCGAAACUACCCGUCGUCCGCCUAGCCUCAUUCAAAAUCAGCAAUUUCAACUUUUCCGACGGAAACUCCGACGACGGAUGGUCAUUUUUGACGGCGGAUACAACGGCGGUGCUCGAUUUCAGAAACCCUAACGGAAAGCUAACGUUUUAUUACAGAGAUGCUGACGUGGCUGUGAUUCUCGGAGAGAAAGACUUUGAGACUAACCUAAGGUCAACGAAAGUCAAAGGCUUUAUUGAGAAGCCAGGAAAUCGGACGGCUGUGAUUGUCCCAACGAGGGUGACGAAACGACAGGUGGAUGAUCCAACGGCAAAGAGGCUACAGGCAGAGCUGAAGGGUAAGAAGCUGCUGGUGACAGUGACAGCUAAAACGAAGGUAGGAUUGGCUGUGGGCAGUCGCAAGAUUGUUGCUGUGGGCGUUAGUCUCAGAUGCGGAGGCGUUAGAUUACAGACCCUUGAUUCGCAAAUGGCCAAAUGCACCAUCAAAUUGCUGAAAUGGAUCACAUUGCGGUCAUGAAGCGAAUGGUGUCGUUUUAGCGUACGGGAAUUUGUAUUAAUGCAGGCAUUGUUCUAAUUUUAAUCCACACUCAUUAUAUAUAUAGAUGUUAUACACACAUGCAUAUGAUCAUUGUUAGUGGUUUUGUCUUGUGUCUUUGGCAUUUAACAGUUCCAAUAUGUUUUUGUCUU